AUGAGGUCCCUGCUCACCUUGCUGGGCAUCUUUUCCCUAUUGCCUCCUCCCAGCAACUGCAGCCACAUCUUCAGUGGCCAGUUUCUCCAGCUCUGGGGGGAGCGGGUGGGAAAAGCCCUCUGGGGGGGCCGGGCUGGGCGGGGGCCGCGCCGCUCCGCUCCCCCCCCGGGACCGCGCUCCGGGCCGCCCUCCAUAAAGGGGCGGGAGCGCCGGGGGCCGGUGCGCGCCGGCACCGCCUGCGCCCGGCUCGGCUCGGCUCGGCACGGAACGGCGCGGAGCGGUGCGGGACGGAGCGUCCCCGCGGGGACGGCGGGUGAGCGCGGGGCCGGGCCGGGGGUCCCGCCGCGGGCGGGCGGCGCUGCGGGGCGACCGAGCCUCCCGCGCGGGCACCCGCGGGCGCUCGCCCACCCUCCCGCGGCGGGGCUCGCUCCGCCCGGGCCGGGCGGUGCUGGGGCUGGGACCCGCCGUGGCCAUCGCGGGGGUGUCGGGCCAGGUGUGCCCCGGCGCCGCGUGGGUGGGAAGCGGCGGGGCGUGGGGCUGGCGGGCAGGGCUGCCCACGCUGGCUCCCCGCUGCCCUACAGCACUUUCCUGGGGCGGAGGGAGCCCCUGUGGGCGGUGAGGGGACCAGGAGGCAGGGGCGGCCGGGGUGCGCUGCUGCCGGUGCCGCGGCAUGGGCAGGGGAAGGGCUGGCGGGAGGCAGAGCCCGGGCUGGACCAGGAGGGCUGGAGUGGGGCCAGGCGCUGCCCGUAUCUCCCGCACUCUGGGCAACCCCACCGGGUGUACACGGGCCAGCUGCUGCCCGCCUGCCCCGGCCUGAAGCGGGGCUCUCCCUGCGCCGUGGGGUGCCUGGGACGGCACUGGCACCCCGCCCUCCCAAUGCUGCCAGGCGUCCUGGCACAGGUGGCUCCCAUGAUGAGUGGCCAGCUCCUGUUCCUGGCUGUGCUUCCCCUGCUCCUGGGUCCUCUGCCUGCCAUGGCGCAGAAGAGGAGCCAAGCCGUGUGCGAGGAUGUGCUGGAGGCUGACAUCGCCUUCCUGGUGGAUGGCUCAUCCAGCAUCGGCAGGAACAACUUCCGCACCGUCCGCACCUUCAUGGAUGACCUGGUGGGGCCCUUUGUGCAGGUGGUGGGUGAGAAGGCGGUGCGCUUUGCCGUGGCACAGUACAGUGAUGACCCACGGGUGGAGUUCACCUUCUCCCAGCACACUGAUGGCACAAGUGUCCGGAGGGCCAUCCAGCAGCUGAGCUACAAGGGCGGCAACACGCGGACUGGUGCUGGCUUCCGCUACGUUGCUGACAACUUCUUUGGCCCCACACAGCUCCGGCCCGGGGUCCCCCAGAUCUGCAUCCUCAUCACAGAUGGCAAGUCCCAGGAUGAUGCCGAGGGGCCCGCAGCAAAGCUGAAGAGCCAGGGGAUCAAGAUCUUUGCCGUGGGGGUUAAGAACGCUGACCACAAGGAGCUAAUUCGUGUGGCCUCAACGCCUACCGAAGCCUUCUUCUUCUACGUUGGUGACUUCAAGCUGCUGAGCACGCUGGUGCCACUGAUGACACGCAGGGUGUGCACAAGUGUCGGGGGCACUCUCCCUUGCUUCCCCACAGAUGGGCAAACCCACACCGGCCCCUCCAACCUGGAGAUCCUGGAGCGGGGCUUUGACCAGCUGCGGAUCCGCUGGACGGCAGCCAGCGGUCCCGUCACUGGCUACCGGGUGCAACACGUGCCACUGACAGGGCUGGGACAGCCGAUCAUGGCAGAGAGGCAGGAGGUGAGUCUGGGGCCACGGGAGACGAGCACUGUGCUGCGGGGACUGCGCGUGGGGACGGAGUACCUGGUCACUGUCACCGCCCAGUAUGCCAACAGCAUCGGCGAGUCAGUGUCCAGCCGAGCACGGACCCGUGAGUUGGGUGUGCAGCACUUGGCUGUCCACAACAUCUCAGCACAGAGCAUGCUGCUGGCCUGGCAGCCUGUCAGUGGUGCCACCGGCUACCGGCUCUCCUGGGCAACCCUCGCAGGGCAGGACAAGCACAGGGUGGACCUGGAUGCCAGUCGAACGUCACAUGCUCUGGUGGGGCUGCAGCCCAACACCGACUAUGUGGUGACAGUGGCCCCGCUCUUCAGGGAACUGGAGGGGCCCACAGCCACCGUGCGGCAGAGGACAGAGGCAGGUACAGACCAGACGCUGCAGACCAACAUCCUGGGUCCCACAUCCAUCCAGGUGCUCUGGACCAGUGCCCGUGAUGCCCGUGGCUACCGUCUAGAGUGGAAGAGAGCCACAGGACCAGAGCCCCCCAGAACAGUGUCUCUCCCCAGCAGCACCAAUACUUACCAGCUGACUGGGCUGAAGCCAGGCACCGAGUACCGCAUCACCCUCUACACGCUCUAUGAUGGUGGGGAGGUGGCCACCCCCGUCACCACCUUCCAGACAGGUGUGGAGGGGCCCGUGGGUGCUGUGUCAGACCUGCGGCUUGUUGAGGAAUCGGGCAGGUGGGUGCGGCUGAGCUGGACCAACGUCCCUGGUGCCACCGAGUACAAAGUGGUGGUGCGCAACAACCAGGAUGGCACGGAGAGGACGAGGCGCAUCCCAGGCAGCCAGACGGGGCUGGAGCUGGGUGACCUCCGGGAGGGAAUCACCUACCUGGUGCGUGUCUCGGCGCUGGCAGGCAGCCGGGAGGGCAGUGCUGCCACGCUCCCCGUCCGCCUCAGUGACGCUGUGGUGCCAUGGGGGGGUGCAGAGUACCCAGCUGUGGGCAGCAUCUCGGAGCUGCGGGUGACGGAGGCCGGUCCCAGCCAGCUGCGGGUCACCUGGCGAGGGCUGCCAGGCGCUGGGGGCUACCUGCUGACGUGGCGAGGCAGUGACGGUCUGAAGCAAUCCCGCGUCCUCCCUGCUGACCCCACCACCUUCACCAUCGAGGGGCUGCGUGCUGGCAUCGUCUACACAGUCAGUGUCUCGGCCAUCAUGGAUGGCCGUGAGGGCAGCCCUGUCACUGCCACGGGACGGAUAGCACCUGAGCAGGUGGGGACGGUGACCCAGCUGGAGGUCCAGGCAUCCAGGAGCAAUGUUGCCCGUGUCACCUGGGUUGGUGUGCCAGGAGCCACUGCCUACCGCGUGGUGUGGAGCCGUAGGGAUGGGGGCUCGGAGAAUAGCCAGCGAGUUCCUGGACACACCAACUCCUUUGACAUCCCCAACCUGGAGGGAGGUGUCUCCUACACUGUGAAGGUGACGGCACUCAUUGGCAACCGAGAGGGCAACCCCGUCUCCAUUGUCGUCACCACCCCGGAGGCAGUCCCAUUGACCCCUGUCAGUGGCUUCCAGGUGACAGAAGCCUCGGAGCACCGCCUGCGCCUGGCCUGGUUGCCGGCGGCUGGCAGCACCGGGUACCGCCUGGUCUGGCGCCUGGCUGAAGGGGGGCCCCAGCGCAGCCAGCAACUCCCAGCCACCUCCAGAUCCUAUGACCUGGCGGGGCUGGAGCCAGGCCGGCGCUACCAGAUCAGCAUCACCAGCCUGGCUGGCAGCCGGGAGAGCAAACCAGCCACUGUCACUGCCAUAACUGCUGCCUCAGGCCACAUCACCAGCCUGCGGGUGACGGAGGUGCGGAGAGAUUCGGUGACACUCACCUGGACCCCAGUCCCCGGUGCCUCUGGCUACGUCCUUUCCUGGAGCCCUCCUGCAGCUGGUGGGGAGAAGGGGCGGACACUGCCCAGUGCUGCCAGCUCCCAGCAGGUCUCCGGGCUGCGCCUGGGCCAGCGCUACACCUUCACCCUCCGCCCGCUCCUGGGGAGUGCACCAGGCACCGAGACAUCUGUCAGUGAGCGCACAGUCUGCAGGGAUGCCCACGGUGACGUUGUCUUUCUGGUGCAUGGCACCCGUGACAGCUCCUCGGGUGCCGACACUGUCCGCACCCUUCUCUCCAACACCGUGUCUGCCCUGGGGCGCCUGGGCCCUGAGGGCACCCAGGUGGCUCUGGCCACAUACAGCUACCGCAGCCUGCCAUGGCUGCUCCUCAACCGCUCCAGUGACCUGCCCGCCGUGCUGGAACAGAUCCGCACCAUGCGCUACGAGGAGCCCAGCGGCAAUGCCAUUGGGGCAGCCAUCACCUUUGCCAGGACCUACCUGCUGAGCCCUGGCGCAGGGCGCCGGCCCAGGGUGCCAGCAGUGCUGGUGGUCUUGGCUGAUGGCCCCUCUGGGGACGAUGCCAUCGCUGCAGCCAGGGAUGUCAAGGCUGGGGGGGUGCAGGUGCUGGCGGUGGGCUUGGAGGGGGCAGACCGGGAGCAGCUCCGGCGCAUGGUCACCAGCGAGGACCCACGGUACAUCUACCAUGGCGACAACCUGGCAGAGCUGGAGGGAGAGCUCACCGAUGACCUCUGCACCAUUAUCUCCACCAGGCCAGAGCCAAAGCCGAAGCCUUGCACUGUGCAGUGCCCCAAGGGCGAGAAGGGAGACCGUGGUGAGGCAGGACAACAAGGACGGGUGGGACCACCAGGCCCCCCUGGCCAGCCGGGUCGCCAUGGGCUGCCCGGCCCUUCAGGACCCCCAGGGCCACGGGGUCCACCAGGAGAGAGCAUCGAGAGCCCAGGCAAGAAGGGGGACAGGGGAUUCCCUGGAGCCGAUGGAACACCAGGAAGCCCUGGACGCCCAGGGAAUCCUGGAUCACCUGGGCAGCCGGGCAUCCAGGGAGUCCCUGGUCCCCGAGGGGAUCCUGGACCACGGGGGCCAAUGGGACUUUCUGGCCCAAAGGGGGAGAAAGGCGAACCGGGAGAGGCCAGGGUGAUCACAGACGGAGAACAGGGACUGCCAGGCCGGAGAGGGGAGCCAGGUGUGCCGGGCAACCCCGGCCCCCCUGGGAUCCCUGGCCCACGGGGGCCCCUUGGUGAUCCAGGCCCUCCCGGUCCACUUGGACCCAUGGGGCCACCAGGACCUCCAGGAGAGUUUGUAAAGGGAGAAAAGGGUGACCGAGGGGAAAGGGGCCCCCCUGGACUUGUGGAUGGGGCAGCACCUCGAGGGGAGCCUGGAUCCCCGGGCCUGCCUGGGGACCCCGGGCCCCGGGGACCUGCCGGGCCCCCCGGCCUGAAGGGAGAGAAGGGUGAUAGCACAGAAGGUUUCCCAGGGUCGCCUGGCCGCCCCGGGGACCCAGGAGAUCGGGGCCCUCGGGGACCACCAGGGGAGCAGGGCAGGAAGGGAGACCGUGGGGCACCAGGAGAGCUGGGAGAGACGGGAGAGAAGGGGGACCGUGGUGUGCCGGGCCCUGAGGGUGAGAAGGGUGAGACAGGAGCCCCGGGGCGCCCAGGGCCAUCAGGCAGAGAGGGAGCUCCAGGGCUGACUGGCCCCCGUGGAGAGAAGGCUCCUAUCGUGGCUGGUGUUGGAGGAGAGAAGGGUGACAGAGGAUUCCCAGGACCAGAAGGACCUCCUGGCCCCAAGGGCGAUACAGGAGAUAAAGGUGCCCGUGGCGCCCCUGGCCUGAGCAUCCCGGGACCAGCCGGUCCCAAAGGCGAGCAGGGCGAUCGGGGCGACCCGGGGGAGCCAGGGGAGAAGGGGGAGCCGGGCCGAGCGGGCACCCCGGGGCAGACUGGGAUGCGAGGCAAGGAGGGAGAACCAGGAGAGAAGGGUGACGAAGGCACCCCGGGUGAAGCAGGUCCACCUGGCAAACCUGGAGACAGGGGUCCCCGGGGCCUCCCUGGCUACCGUGGCCUCCCUGGGGAGAAGGGUGACCCAGGGGACCCAGGUCCUGAAGGCAGGAACGGUAGCCCUGGAGCACCAGGGAACAAGGGUGACCGUGGAGAGCCGGGGCCUACUGGACCCCCAGGACGAACUGUCGACGUGGGGCUUGGAGGAGCGGGGGAAAAGGGUGAGAAGGGGGACCCUGGGGACCCUGGUGAGGAUGGCACGAAGGGUGCCCGCGGUGAUUCCGGCUCCCCUGGCCUGCCUGGAGAGAGGGGUGUGGAGGGCCCCCGUGGCUCCCCCGGUGCACGGGGUGACCCUGGGGACCGAGGCCUUCCAGGAGAGAAGGGAGAACGCGGCCCACCAGGUCUGGAUGGCCGCAAUGGGCUGGAAGGCAAACCUGGGCCACCGGGCCCUGCCGGGCUGCGGGGGGACCCGGGGAAGCAGGGGGACCCUGGCCGGGAUGGGCUGCCUGGGCUGCGUGGGGAGCAGGGACCACCUGGCCCCGUGGGCCCACUGGGACCACCUGGCAUCCCUGGCAAACCCGGUGAGGAUGGCAAACCCGGCCUCAACGGCAAGAACGGAGAAGAUGGAACGCCAGGAGAGGAUGGGAGAAAGGGAGACAAAGGUGAUACAGGACCACCUGGCAGAGAGGGCCGCAGUGGUGCCAAGGGCGAGCCAGGGGACAGAGGUGUGCCAGGCCCUCUCGGCCCCCCUGGCCUUCCCGGUGUCCCAGGGCAGGUUGGUCCCCCAGGCCAGGGCUCCCCAGGCCUCCGUGGGGUGGCUGGACCAAAGGGGGACCCAGGGGAGCCUGGGCUGCAAGGAGAGCCGGGGCGACCUGGCAGCCCUGGAGUACGUGGAGACCCUGGGACUGCAGUGAAUGUUGAACGUAGCCUGGAAGCACUUGGCAUCAAGAUUUCAUCCCUGAAGGAGCUCACAGGUGCCUAUGAUGGGAGCUCGGACUCAAUUCUGCCUGUGUCGGAGCGACUGCGGGGCCAGAAGGGCAGUCGGGGGGAUCCAGGAGAGAGGGGGCCCCCAGGCCGAGAGGGCUCCUUAGGCUUCCCUGGCGAACGAGGACCCAAAGGUGACAAGGGGGACCCAGGCACCCCUGGCCCCCAAGGCCCCAUGGGCCGGGCCGUGGGUGAACGGGGUCCCGAGGGCCUGCCUGGGCAGGCUGGGGAGCCUGGCAAGCCAGGCAUUCCCGGGGUGCCAGGCCGGGCUGGGGAGCUGGGGGAACCUGGGCGGCCUGGUGAGAAGGGCGACCGGGGCGAGAAGGGCGACCGAGGUGAGCAGGGCAGGGAUGGCUUGCCUGGACCCCAAGGACCCCCAGGACCCAAGGCAGAUGUGGUGGAGGGCAGCCUGAUGGGCUUUCCUGGCGAGCGUGGCCCCGUUGGACCCAAGGGAGCGAAGGGUGAGCCUGGAGUCGAGGGCGAGCGGGGACCCAAAGGAGAUAAGGGUGAAGGUGGCUUGCGGGGUGACCGAGGGGAGCCUGGUGAGAAGGGCAGGGAUGGUGCCCCAGGUCUCCCUGGUGAGAGAGGGCUGGCUGGCCCUGAGGGGAAGCCGGGUUUGCCAGGCUUCCCCGGCGUGCUGGGACGCCCGGGCAACCAAGGAGACCCAGGACCCCCAGGACCUCCGGGCAGCACUGGCCCACCAGGGACCCAGGGCCCAGCUGGGACCAAGGGUGAUCCAGGGGAACCUGGCUCCGGCAUCCGUGGCUUGCCAGGUCCCCAGGGCAGCAUGGGGCUGCCAGGGCCCCCCGGCCCCCCUGGCCCAGGGGGCCCACCAGGUGUCCCUGGACAACCGGGACAAGUGGGGGAGAGUGGGAAGCCUGGUGUGCCGGGCAGGGAUGGAGUGCCAGGGAAGGACGGCGAGGCAGGAAUGCCUGGGAAGAUGGGCAUGCCAGGACCUUCGGGCCCUGCUGGUCCCAAGGGAGAGCCAGGGGAUGCCGGAGCUCCGGGGCAGGCCAUCGCUGGCCCCCCCGGCCCCAAAGGCGAGAAGGGAGAGCCAGUGCUGCUGGAGGGUGUGCUGGGAGAGCCCGGCUCCAAGGGUGACAGAGGCUUGCCAGGCCCCAAGGGAGAGAAGGGGGAGCCAGGAAGAUUCGGGGAGCCAGGAGAUCCCGGGGAAGAUGGAGCCAAGGGGUCUUCCGGAGCCAAAGGGGAGAAGGGAUCACCGGGUGUCGGUGCACGGGGACCGCCAGGACAGGAUGGGCCUCCAGGUUUGAAGGGGGACACUGGCUUGCCAGGAUUACCAGGACCCCCAGGCUUAGCAGGCAUUGCUGGGACGCCAGGACAGCCAGGCCUGAGAGGGGACAAUGGGCAGCCUGGCCCUCCGGGUCCCCCAGGAGAGAGGGGUUUGAUCGGCUUUCCAGGCAGAGAUGGCACUGCUGGACCACCAGGACCUGUGGGGCCCCCAGGGCCCGCUGGCAUACAAGGGGCCCCUGGCCUGAAGGGUGACAAGGGCGCUCCAGGGGCUGGGCUGCCAGGAGCCAGAGGCGAGCGUGGAGACCCAGGGCCACGGGGUGAAGAUGGGCGUCCAGGGCCAGAAGGGGAUCGUGGGCCAGUGGGCUUGCCUGGGAACCGGGGGGAGCGUGGGGACAAGGGGGACCUUGGGGCCCCAGGACCAAAAGGAGACAAGGGCGAUACUGUGGUGGUGGAGGGGCCGCCUGGAGCACGGGGCAGCAAAGGGGAGCCGGGAGACCGAGGCCUGAAGGGCACAGAAGGGGACAAGGGGGACAAGGGGGAGCAAGGCAUGCCUGGAGAGAAGGGGAUGAGGGGUGAGCAAGGCGAGAAGGGCUCCACGGGCUUUCCUGGGGCACGCGGCCCUGGUGGGCAGAAGGGAGAGGUUGGAGCCUUGGGAGAGCCUGGUGAGCCGGGUCAGCCUGGCCGUGAUGGGAUCCCUGGAGCUCGGGGAGAGAAGGGGGACAUGGGACCCGUGGGCAUGCGUGGCCUCAAGGGUGAACGGGGCAUGAAAGGUGCCUGUGGCCUCAGUGGGGAGAAGGGUGAGAAGGGGGAUCCGGGGAUCCCGGGGCGCUCAGGGCUGUCAGGGAGGAAAGGUGAGCCGGGAGAGCUGGGUCUGUCGGGACCACCGGGCAUCCCCGGGAAGGAAGGGCUCAUGGGACCCAAGGGUGACCGGGGAUUUGACGGGCAGCAGGGUGCUAAAGGAGAUCAGGGGGAGAAAGGAGACCGGGGCGCCCCUGGCAUUAUUGGUGGCCCCGGUCCCCGGGGUAAUGAUGGUGCUCCUGGCCCCCCUGGCCCCCCAGGGAACAUUGGCCCACGAGGUCCUGAGGGCAUGCAGGGCCAGAAGGGGGAGAGAGGCCCCCCUGGACAGUCAGUGCCGGGUGCACGUGGUGUUCCUGGCAUCCCCGGUGAGAGAGGAGAGCAGGGCAGUCCUGGCACCCGUGGGCUCCGUGGGGAGAAGGGGGAGCCGGGCUUGACGGAGGACGAGAUCCGUGCCUUUGUCAGGCAGGAGAUGAGCCAGCACUGUGCCUGCGGCGGCCACUUCCCACGACACCUGGAUUCACGUGAGCACUCAGGAGGCUGGGGGGCUCAGACCAGGAGCAGCUUCCGCUCUGCCCAGGGAGGAGGAAGAAUCGUUCGCCAGGAGAGGGAGCAUGGCCAAACAGAGUCUGCUGGCAGCACUCACACAGUCCCUGUGCUCAAGUUGUCACACACUGAAGAGGAGGAGGGGCAGGACAGGGAGAUCAAUCUCGACACCGAUGACCUCGAGUACGACAGCAUGUAUGGGGAGGAGGAGGACUACGAUGAGGCCCCAGAGAUGGACAGCUCGGAGCAACCUGCGAUGGAUGCUGAGCCCUGCAGCCUGCCGCUGGAUGAGGGGCACUGCCAGCACUACACCCUGCGCUGGUACUACAACCAAAGAGUCACUGAGUGCCGGCCCUUUGUCUACAGCGGCUGCCAGGGCAACCUCAACCGCUUCGACAGCAAGGAGGAGUGUGAGCUGCACUGCAGGCAGCGCCCAGGGGCAGGUGCCCGUGAUGUUGCCGGUGGCAAGACGGGAGGGCAGCCAAAGGUGUAGGUGUGGGCAGUGUCCCGGCAGGCAGGGCUGCCUGGAGGUGGGGCCCGGCUGCCACCCCAGCUGGGGCUGGGCUGCCCGUGGUGGUGGGGACCACGUACCCACCAGCCCCUGGCAGGAACCUGGUGCUAUUUCUAACGUGUCUUUAUGCUGCUCAUGGGUUUUUCAUUUCACACCACUUUUAUUGUCAUUAAGGUGAAAUUUAUAUCAAAUGGGAAACCACCUCCCACCAAGGCUCUGAACCCCAAAGAGGUUUCCUGGGCUGUUCCAGUUUGAUUUUUAAAUUAUUUGCUGCCAACAGGAUGGUUCUUAUCCCUGUCCCCCCUCUCUGGCAGCCCAGAAGGACUUGGCAGGGUUGGGCUCCCCUCCCCUCUCUGCUGGGAGAGCUGCCUGCAUCCCUGGGCCAGACAGUACCCCCCUGCAUAUCAUCCCCCACCCUGCAACCAGCUCCAUCUGAAUAAAUUUCACCUUAACGUCAGCUGGGGCCCAGUUCCCCUUUUGUGGCUGCGAUGGUUUGGCAAUGACCUGUGGGGAGACUGGAGGCUUUCUCCAUGUGCUGCCCCCCAGCUCACAUGACUGCCAGCAGCACAUCAGUCUGUAGUUGGGGGGGUACUCACCUGCAUCCCUGGCCCGUCAGGGAAACCCUGAGGAUGGUGCUAUGUUAGAAGAGGUUCCUGCUUGCCCACGCUUACUCUCAAAGGCUUUGUGAAAGCGAUGUCGGCUCCCGGGGUCACAGCCCCUGCCUCCCCCCAACCCCAGGGCUGACAGGAAUGUGCCCCUCACUGCCCCAGGGCCUGAGGGGCUGCUGGGGGGCUUUGUGGCCCCCCCACAUACCGCUGCUCUCUGUGUAUAUCUGUAUACAG